UUUCAAUCAGGAAUGCGAACAAUCAAUUCAGAGGUUCUUGAUAUGCAAGUACAUUGAUUUAUGCUAAAUUUGAUGCAGGAGACCCUUAAAAUAAAAAAUAGAUCAGAGACCCUUCUUGGAUAUUGUCUUUCAUUGAGACAACUGCCUCAUUUCCCCUCAGACCACAUAAGAGUUUAUCUCCCUCAUUUAGAUUUCACCUUCAUGCGCCCAAAAGUAUGAAAAUGAGAUUUGUUUUGAGUCAGGGACAGAACAACAUCAGGACACUUUAGGUAAAUUUAUGUAUCUUUUUCAGAAGGGAUUAAUCUUAUGAUCAUUGAACAUAGUUUAUACUUAUAGCAUAAAACUGGCUUUUUUUCACAUGAGAACACUGGUCAUUUACAAAAAACUUCCAAACCGAAAGCUAAGUAAAAAGAAUAAUAUUUGACGUCCCUGUUUCCCAGGCAAUAAGAAGUCAAUGGCUGACCAUCAAACACGAUCCUACACAUUCAUCGAUUCAAAAUACAUAUUGUCAUAACUUUUUCUAAUCUUGUCCUUGAGAGACACGAUAUGGAGCGGAACAUUCCGAGACCCUAAAUACCCCUGAGAAUCAUUUGUUAGCUAAGUUGACCAUACUUAGUGUCAGCAGUCUGGAUUGACCAGCAACUUAAUCUAGCCAAACAAUCUUUCAGAAUCGCCUCAGAAUACUCCCAACGGAAAUAUGCCAUGUUUCCGCAUUCAGUUUCAUACUUAUCGUCAAAUCCAAAAAAGCUUUGAUGAACAGAUAUUCGGUUCUUGUCUUCUCUACAAUUCUUUGAAGCAAAGGCCGACGCCACGAGCAACCAGAUCCACAUAUCCAGCCCAGGCCCGAAAAGACUAGCUGGAAGCAAUGCGUCUCUUCAAGGGAAAGGCAGCCAAGAUAUUUUUCGCUUCAAAGGAGGGAAAACUUGUGAGUUGGAUUAAGCUCGCCCGUCCAGGCCUCUCCGAUCUGCUUUUACCACUGACUUUUGCUGACAACACACGAGUUGCCAAUCCACAUGACAAUCAGAGACCAAGGAAAUAGAGCUGUCUCCAUCAACAAGAUGACAAAGUUGGUCUCCUCUCUUCGAGACGACAGGAGCAAAUGCUGCAGUGAAACAUCCCAGCAUCCUUUCCCGGCAACCGGUGUCUAAUGAACAACGUCCUCAAUGAAAUGUUUACACCCAAGUAUAGAAAGCAACAAGGUUCACGAGACGAAGUUUGAAGACCGUAUGAGCGAGCUGCUGAUGUCAUGGAUAUGACAAGGAAUGCCGUUCGUCAGAUGAUCAGGCGCACCGCACAUUCACAGCCAAUUGCAGGGCAACCAACUCCACCAAGACCACCAGUCCCAUUACCAUCACUAUCCUCAUCGCCAGCACUAUCAUGAGCUCCAUCGCCAUCAUGAGCUCCAUCGCCAUCACCAUUGUUCAGUACAGUCUCAUUCCACACAGCUAGCUGAAGAUGUGUUCGACUCUUUUACCAUCGGUACAAUUCGUCAAAUCCCCUUCCACGAAUACAUCGUCACGCUACGUUCACAACAAGUUCUUGUCAAAGGAAAGCUUUGCAAUUACUACUCUGACAAGAGAACUCUAAGAAGGAAGGCAUAUUACCUGAAGGCACAUCGGAAACUUCGUUUUGGAGAGUACUUCACAAGAUGGGAUUUCGAUAUAAGACGUCACACCGAAAAACGUAUGCUACAAAAGAGUCCCUAGACAUAGUGUGUAAAAGGAUCCGUGCUCUCAGGGCUCUCAAACAGUCUCGUGAAGAAGGAAAACAGGUGGUCUACUUAGACGAGACAUUGUUCACUACAAGGAUGAGCCACAACAAAGAAUGGGUGGACACAACUCAACCAUCCACAACUACCACAUAUAGCCGACAGGUUCCGCCAGGAGAUGGUGAACGCUUUGUCGUGGUAGCAGCUGGAACCAACAAGGGCAUUAUUGAAGAUUCAUUCCUUUGUUAUACAGCUGAGAAUAGCAGUGGGGACUACCAUGGUGAAAUGAACGCCGAACUCUUCGAGCGAUGGCUGACUACCAAAUUACUACCAUCAUUAGAAGAGCCAUCAGUUCUCGUUAUCGACAAUGCUCCUUACCACAGUCACCCUACAGAGGAGAGCCACUGUCCAACUACUGGCAUCAAAAAAGGCGCUCUAAUAAAAUGGUUGCAGCAGCGCAAUAUCACAUACCCACCACAAGCUUUGCGACCUGAACUGCUGAAGAUAUGCAAGGAAAAAUCAACCACCUCCCAGAUUCACAGUGGACAAUACCAUUCGCCUGUGGGGUCAUGAAGUAGUGUGGCUACCACCAGCACACCCAGAUCUAAAUGCUAUUGAGCAAAUAUGGGGUGUCAUGAAGAAGUGCGUUCGAUCAUCCCUUCACCAUUUUACACGAACGGACCUCAAUGCAAGAUUGAAUGAAGCAAAGUUGUGUGUGACAGAGGACGUGCGGGCAAAUGCUGUUCUGCUCUCUGAAUGCUUUGAGAGAGUAUUGGUCAUUAGAUAACAUCCAUGACAGUGUGCAUCCCAUCAUCAUAAGUCUCGCCAGUGACGACGAAGAGGAAGACUUUAUUUUAGACAGUUUUGAGGGGUAAUAAAAAGUGAAUAUAUAUAUAUAUAUAUAU